GGAGCAAUCAUGUCACCAUUUCUUCGAAUUGGUUUGUCCAACUUCGACUGUGGGUCCUGCCAGGCAUGUCAAGGAGAGGCUGUUAACCCUUACUGUGCUGUGCUUGUCAAAGAAUACGUAGAAUCAGAGAAUGGGCAAAUGUAUAUCCAGAAAAAGCCAACUAUGUACCCGCCCUGGGACAGCACUUUUGACGCCCACAUCAACAAGGGAAGAGUAAUGCAGAUCAUUGUGAAGGGCAAGAACAUGGACCUGAUAUCCGAAACUACCGUGGAGCUCUCCUCUCUGGCGGAGCGGUGCCGGAAGAACAAUGGGAAGGCAGAGAUAUGGUUAGAGCUGAAACCUCAAGGUCGAAUGCUAAUGAAUGCAAGAUACUUUCUGGAAAUGAGUGACACAAAGGACAUGAGUGAAUUUGAGACUGAAGGCUUCUUUGCUUUGCAUCACCGCCGAGGAGCCAUCAAACAGGCCAAAGUCCACCAUGUCAAGUGCCAUGAGUUCACCGCCACCUUUUUCCCACAACCCACAUUUUGCUCUGUCUGCCAUGAGUUUGUCUGGGGUCUGAACAAACAAGGCUACCAGUGUCGACAGUGUAAUGCAGCAAUUCACAAGAAGUGUAUCGAUAAAGUUAUAGCUAAAUGCACGGGAUCAGCCAUCAAUAGCCGAGAAACCAUGUUCCACAAGGAGAGGUUCAAAAUUGACAUGCCGCAUAGAUUUAAAGUCUACAAUUACAAAAGCCCGACCUUCUGCGAGCACUGUGGGACACUGCUGUGGGGCCUGGCCAGGCAGGGACUCAAGUGCGACGCAUGUGGCAUGAACGUCCACCACAGAUGCCAGACAAAGGUGGCCAACCUUUGUGGCAUAAACCAGAAGCUAAUGGCUGAAGCACUGGCGAUGAUUGAGAGCACUCAACAGGCUCGCUGCUUAAGAGAUACUGAACACAUCUUCAGAGAAGGUCCCGUUGAAAUCGGUCUCCCGUGCUCCAUAAAAGGUGAAGCUAGGCUGCCGUGUGUACCAGCACCUGGGAAAAAAGAGCCUCAGGGAAUCUCUUGGGAAUCUCCGUUGGAUGAGAUGGAGAAAAUGUGCCAUCGUCCAGAACCUGAACCGAACAUAGAAAGACCAUCUGUACAUAUGAAACUAAAAAUCGAGGAUUUUAUCUUGCACAAAAUGUUGGGGAAAGGAAGUUUUGGCAAGGUCUUCCUAGCAGAGUUCAAGAAAACCAAUCAGUUUUUUGCAAUAAAAGCCUUAAAGAAAGACGUGGUGUUGAUGGACGAUGAUGUUGAGUGUACAAUGGUGGAGAAGAGAGUCCUCUCCCUGGCCUGGGAGCAUCCGUUCUUAACGCACAUGUUCUGUACAUUCCAGACCAAGGAAAACCUCUUCUUUGUGAUGGAGUAUCUCAAUGGAGGGGACUUAAUGUACCACAUCCAAAGCUGCCACAAGUUUGAUCUUUCCAGAGCAACGUUCUAUGCUGCUGAAAUCAUUCUCGGUCUGCAGUUCCUUCAUUCCAAAGGAAUUGUGUACAGAGACUUGAAGCUCGAUAACAUCCUGUUAGACAGAGAUGGACAUAUCAAAAUAGCAGACUUUGGAAUGUGCAAAGAGAACAUGUUAGGAGAUGCCAAGACAAACACUUUCUGUGGAACCCCUGACUACAUCGCCCCGGAGAUGGGCAGCUGUGGAUCCAGAUACGUCUUUAUCCUAGAAUCUAUAGUCCUUUCCAUAGGACACAGCACUCGUCUUUCCCACUUUUCCCUGGGUUCUCACAACAACCCAGUAAUAAGCCAGCCAGAUGUGAUCACCACCUUUCACAAGUGCGGUACAGAGCGGGUAACGGGAGUCUGCCCCAGCGAGACCAGAAGGGACUGAGCCAGAGCUGGAGCCCACAACAACUUGCAUGGCCAUCUCAGCUUCCUUGUGGUUUAUCAACUCUGGUGUUGGAAGCACUUCUACCACCAUAACCUGGAGCCUCGCUCCAGAUGAAGCUCCUUCCCCAAGGACGGGCGUGGGGUGGGGUAGCAGUCAGAGCUGGCAGCUGUGCACUCGUUCUGCUGCAUCAAAAGCUUCACCAACAUGGAGACAUGAAACGUCUAAAAACCAGCAUCAUUUUUCUUUCCUAAAGCCACCAGUGCUGUAAUUCUACUGUUCAUUCCCAGGGCCCACUUAAGAAGAAAUUCCAUUUCAAAUGAGGAACUCUAACCGUAAAAUGACCUUCGUGGGUUUAUGUGUCUGUGCUCACACGGGUGGUGGGGGCGGGGGGGGGAGCACGGAGCUGGCUUUAAACUACAGGUGGAGAGGAUGGCCCAUCCCAAGAGAGUCUCGCUUUUUAAUUUCGUCCUUCAAUACUAUUAUCGCUUCUCCAUUUUGUGUAAUGAAGCAGCUUGUCCCCAACCCAUCCUGGGAGUGGCAGCCAUGAAAGACAAGGAUUUUCUCCUUUUCUUCAUUUAACAAAUUGUUGUGUUCCUACUAUGUCCUGGAUUUAAUUGUGGGCAAAAUAUACAUACUGUAAAAUACACCAUCUUUCCGUUCUUAAGAGUAAAUUCAUGAGUGUUAAGCAUAUUUCUGUUACUACACAACCAAUCCCCAGAAUUUUUUUUAAUCUGGCACAACUGAAACUCUGUACCCAUUAAACAGCUCCCCAUUUCCCCGAACCCCAGCAACCAUCAUUUUACUUUCUGUCCCUAUAAAUCAGCCCCUUCUAGGGCCCUCGGAGAAGUGGAAUCAUACUGUAUUUGUCUUCUGGAGUCUGGCUUAUUUCAUUGAAGCACAAUGUUCUCAAGGUUCGUCCAGGUUGUAUCAUGUGUCAGGAUUUCAUUCUGUUUUAAGGCUGAGUGGUGUUCUGCUGUAUGUAUAGAUCACAACGUUUAUCCAUCCAUCUGCUGACGGACACGAGGCUCUGUUUAGAGAAGGCCGCAGCUCGGUUUGUUAGGAUCGAAGCACUGAGCCGUGUCACAGGUACACGAGCUACGUCCCAACAUUAAAUAAGGAAGUGGUUGAAUACGGAUUACAAAAUCUUUUCCACCAGGAGAGUGGAUUUGUGGAUGGGUAGCAAUCUUUUUAAAACGUAGGUGAGAUCCCAGGCUUUAAACUCACUCACUUCUCUAAAGGACAGACCGGACCAGUUCUACUCAAAGCACUGCUGUCGAGCUGCACACCAGUCUCAGGGAGCAGAUUUCUGCAUCUGAAGUCUAUUAUCCUGGUCUCUCUUGGCAUACUCCCUGAAUUGUUUUGUUUUGUUUUUUUGAGAGAGAGAAAGAGCUCAAGUGGGGUGGGGGGGGCGGGGUCCAGAGGGAGAGAGAAGAUCCCAAGCAGGAUCCUUGCCCAGCCCGACUCGGGGCUCAAUCUCACAACCCUGAGAUCAUGAGUGGGUCACUUAACCAACCGAGCCACCCAGGUGCCCCGCUAAAUCGGACUCUUUAAUGGUGACCAUAGAUGGGACUCCUUAGUUGUACAACUAUGGCUGGACAGGCUUUACGGGAUGGAUUAGGUCAGAUGACCUCUUUGGAGGUGUGAGUAGGUACUCAGAGUUUAUGCAAAGUCUCAGGAGGGAAGUCAGUAAAACAGGUGAGUUUGGGUUACCUAUUCACAGGAGAGCAUAGACACACACCAGCUUCCUUAGGUCCGAGUCCACCACACAAGUCCUCACAUCGCGGGUGGGAAAAUGAAAGCUAAUGGCACAGGUCAGUUGUACGUAAGACCAGAAGAAAAGUAGACAUUAAAACCAAAAAAGGCUUGCUCAGUUUGUUUACUGUCCAGUCAUUUCUAUUCAAAUCGUCUGCUUCUCAAAAGAUACCGUUUUCGGCGUGAUCUGUGUUAAACCACAUACUGUCAUCACCGUCAGCAAUUUACUGAGUGGUGUCGAAAAGUUCAAGUUUAUUAACUACAUCUACCUCAUGAUUAUUAACUACAUCUCUGCCUCUUGAUC